CACCUGCUCCAGCGGCAGCUCCUCUCGACAUGGACCCUGAGACCUGCCCCUGCCCUACUGGUGGCUCCUGCACCUGCGCUGGCUCCUGCAAGUGCGAGGGAUGCAAAUGCACCUCCUGCAAGAAGAGCUGCUGCUCCUGCUGCCCUGCCGAGUGUGAGAAAUGCGCCAAGGAUUGCGUGUGUAAAGGUGGAGAGGGGGCCGAAGCUGAGGAAGAGAAGUGCAGCUGCUGCCAGUGAGGACGUGCCCCUCCGUGCAAAAUGUGUGUAAAUAGUGCUGGGUGGCCUAGUGCCACCUGUCCCCAUGGUGAGGCUCCGCAGUUGGUCCCCUUCCCCUGCUAGCCACUGGCAAGUGACAAUAAAUCCUGUGAAAGGCGUAAA